AUAUACACACUUCCCAUCAUGGCUGGCCUCAUCUCAGACACAGUGCUCCCCCGACAGAAGGCGUUCAUCUUGGCCCUCCUAGUCAAACUUCUGGGUUCGUUAUUGAGUUUUGGGUCCCGAAUGGUAGUGUAUCGUAUGCAAGGUCAACCGCCCGAUAAAUUGGUUCAAAUGUUACUCUGGGUGAAUAUCCUUGGUAUAGCAUUGAUGGUCGUUGCCAUCUGUUUCUUCCCGCUCUUUAUAUCUUUCGGGAGCCAGCAAGUUAACCUGGAGAAGAACGCUGUGUGUUCUUACCUUAGAUGGUUGUUGUUGACAGUAGCUCUCGGAGCGCUAACUGCCGCUGGAAUUAACAAGCUAAACAUCACCAAAGCUUUUCCCGGACUGACAUCUUUCGUCUGUGACGUAUUGUCUGUUGUUGUUUUCUUGGUCGCCAUUAGGAAAUACAACACAAUCUCAACUGAUGCAGGGCGUCGUCGGUUCAAAGAAUUCAUGCGGAUUCUGCGGGCACACGUGCCGUGUUUCUGCCAAAGGAGACGGUUCGACGAGGCGUACGACCCCUGGGGUAAUCCAGUACGGCUGCGCGAGAUCCAGGAGAAACGAGCGAUGGAUAGAUUUCAUCUAAAGAAAGGGGUCCUAUUGGUCGCCUUGUUGUCCUGCGGAGCAGUUGCUGCUAUGAUAUACUAUCUGAUAAACUGCGCAGGAAAUUUAUCCUCCAAACUGUACGAUUCCCACAUUACCAGGCGGAUUUUGGGAUACAUCGAUAACCUCGGCGGCUUUGUAAUCUUCGUCCUCUUGCUUUUACUGGAGGCGUUCACGCGAUGCAGCCAGAACUUGCGAAUAGCUAUCAAUGAUAACACGUUGAAGAAACUAGGUUUCGGUUCAAUAUUCGCGGCAUUCUCCUGCCUGCUGACAGGAAUCGUAUCGACGGGACAAUUGGUGGAAGGCCCCGAGAACGUCUCAAUAUAUUGGAUGUUGCCCGAGUUUAUCAUAUAUGGGGUAGGAGCAACUCUAACUCUAACUUCUGUAUUAGAGAUCGGUGUCUUUGAAAGCGGUCCUGGUUUGGCGACGUUUCUAUGCGGUCUUGGCGCAUCUCUUUCCUUCAUUUUUUUCACUGUAAUCGGAAUCGUUUUGACCCACAUUGAUUAUCGAACUGUCAAACGCUUUGACUACAUCUACUACGUGGCGUUUUGCGUGAUGGCGUUCACGCUCCUAGUCAUUCUCAUCCCGGUGUCCGUAUGGUACACAGGUGUCAAGAGAAAGAUUUCAUCGCUUUCCUUAUCAAUGCAAGAAAGAGAAAAUGAUGCUGGAGCACCAAGUCAGGACAGGGGACAGGUUGAAAGCCAGGAGAGUUUCAGAGCCAGGGAGCUUGAUGCUGUUGUCAGCCAGGGGGCAGAUUGAAAGCCAGGAGUUUCAGAGCCAGGGAGCUUGAUGCUGUUGUCAGCCAGGGGGCAGAUUGAAAGCCAGGAGUUUCAGAGCCAGGGAGUUUGAUGCUGUUGUCAGCCAGGGGGCAGGUUGAAAGCCAGGAGUUUCAGAGCCAGGGAGCUUGAUGCUGUUGUCAGCCAGGGGGCAGGUUGAAAGCCAGGAGUUUCAGAGCCAGGGAGCUUGAUGCUGUUGUCAGCCAGGGGGCAGGUUGAAAGCCAGGAGUUUCAGAUCCAGGGAGCUUGAUGCUGUUGUCAGAUAGCACCGAUGUAGAUGUAUAGUAGGAACACAUCAAUGUAAAUAAAUAUCGAGUUGAGAGCAGAGUGUCGAGUCACAAAAGUAAAGUUUGUUUAUUAUAGUGUUACCCCUAAUGAAAAGGCCAGCCAGCUUAUGAGACACUCUUUUCCUCCAAAGUCCUAUCUCUGAUGUCAGGUGCCUGGCAAGAAAGCAGUUUGUACCCUUUAGUUAACUAGCUGGCGGUAAGCAAUACUGGGUGAUUGUGAUGGAAGUAGGAAGACAUCAUAUGCUCCCAUGUUGUAUGUGGCCCUCUAUAAUGAUUUUAGUGAGAGCAAGUAGUUGGGAACAACAGGAAAUGUUAGUGGAAUAUUAGCAAGUUUAGGAAAAGACAACUUGAGGCAGUGGCUAGCUAGUGACUCAGCUUCUUGAACAAUACGAUAUCAACAAAACAACUCACGAGGUCAAUUUUUAAUUGGAUGUUUAUUUAAAGGAAUGCUCCGCUCAUGGUAAAUCAAUAGCACUUUUAUGCAAUAUAUAUAAUGUAUUCAUUCAUACAAUACGCCUUCAUUGAACAGUUUACAAAUAUCCCUUGAAUGAAAGUCAUUAAGUCAAUACAUGCUUGACAGGGUUCAUUGGAAAAUGUUUUAACAUCUCAUACGAGCACUACGAAUGGGUUCUAGUUGUUAGACAUCUGCCUCAAUGGGCUCAAUGGACAGAUUCUCCAAAGAGAACGAGAUAUUUGCCGGUCAUUUUUAGGGAGGCAGGAAUGAGGCAGUAAUAAGGCAGUUUUAACAGACAAAAUGUGAAUGUGUAUGCUGCGAUGGAAGCAGGUCUAUAGGCGAGGAUAGCUGUGA